CUCUCUCCAAAAUCAUGUCUUCUCCAGCAAGACUCCAAAACCAUAGCAACCCCCUCCACGAGUUUCAGGAACAAACACCACGUAACCCCUUCUGUCCGUACUCCCAUUCUGGUUGUUUUUCUCGUUUCUCAUCGGCAUAUAUACACACUCAUCGUUAACUUGUUCUUCACCGUCAAGAAAUAAUUCUCUAAUGGCUAUGAGAUCGACACCCGCUCUUGUGGUCGUUGCGGCAUUUCUUGCUCUCCAUUUCGUGCCUUUGCUCGUGUCGGGCCACCCCAACCUCAUUCCGGAAAACGAGUCUGAUCUCGAUGGCUGGAUCGUCCAAAACAUGAGGGAGUACAACGAGCGGAAGACCGAGCUGAGGACCAGGAGCAACAUCCCCGGCACGCACUUCGACACAGGGCUUGCCGCCGCCGAGGACGCAAAGAGAGUCAUCCGGGUGAAGCAGGACGGCACCGGAGACUUUAGGACGGUGACGGACGCCGUGAGGAGCAUUCCGUCUGCAAACAAGCAGCGCGUGGUGGUGUGGAUUGGCAGGGGAGAGUACAAGGAGAAGGUUCUGGUGGACGUGACGAAGCCGUACGUGACGUUUUUUGGGGACAAGAACAACAUCCCGUCGAUCACCUACGACGGCACGGCUGCCGUGUACGGGACGUGGAACAGUGCCACGGUGGCUGUGGAAGCCGACUAUUUCAUGGCCGUGAAUAUAGCGUUCGUGAAUUCAGCUCCUAUGCCGGACGGCAUAAGGAAAGGUGCACAGGCGGUGGCAAUGAGAAUAUCAGGGGAUAAGGCAGCCUUCCACAACUGCAGGUUCAUCGGAUUUCAGGACACCUUAUGUGACGAUAGGGGAAGGCAUUUAUUCAAGGAUUGCUUCAUCCAAGGCACUGUUGAUUUCAUCUUUGGCAAUGGAAAAUCCCUCUACUUGAAAAGUACCUUAAACUCAGUUGCAAAUGGAAAUGGGGUGAUCACGGCACAUGGUAGAGCAGAUGUGCAGGAUGAUAGCGGAUUUUCGUUUGUGUAUUGCAACAUAACGGGGACAGGUGAGACCUUGCUUGGGCGUGCUUGGAGGGGAAGAGCAAGAGUGGUGUUUUCUUACACAUACAUGGGGAACCUUGUCGACAGAGAAGGGUGGUCCGACUACAACGACAGUGCGCGUGCCAACACUGUGUAUUAUGGAGAAUACAAAUGUUCUGGACCGGGUUCAAGCUCCAUCCAUCGAGUCAAGUAUGCAAGGAUGCUGACUGAUAUAGAAGCAAAACCCUUCAUCAGCCUGACUUUCAUCCAAGGAACGAAAUGGGUUCUUCCCCCUCCCAACCUCUAGUGAAGUACUACUACUUUACUCUACCCCGGCCGUCCACCACGUCGUAAUAACUAGUUUCAUAAGUACCUAAAGACGAUAGGGCAAUGCUAGCCAUGUACGUACUGAUGUAGAAGAAGGUAAACAAAAGCUGCGCGCUAGCACUGUUCUUUGGUUGAAUGUACCCUUCAUGUACGUAUGUAUAGUUUAAGUCUGUUGCUUCUGCGUAGUGAAAGUUGGGUUCAUCUGA